GACAAAUGAAUGACCAUCCUCCAUUUCCUAAUCUCCAAAAUCAAAACACCUAAAACCAUCAAUUUCCAUGCACAAAAAUCUUAUUAUAAUACAAAAAAGUUGCCACCUUUAUCACAUUCUCUUCAGACUCUAAAACAACACUGUGACAUCCUUUUCUUCCCUCUCUCUCUCUCUCUCUCUCUUUUUCUUGGUAAGUGGGUAUUAAUUCUGGAAAUUUUCUUGAAAAACAAAGAGAAGAAAGGGAAAUCUUUCUGCGUUCACAGAUUUCUUUGUCCAUAUGAAACAAUGGAGUUUCUUCAUCACCUCCUCGCUUUCCUUUUGCUUCUUCUGCCGCCAUGCUCGUCCCAUGAAAGCACAAGAAGCUUAGCCAUUGACGCAAACGGCAUCCACCCUUCUUCUGAGAAGCUGAUAAGUUGGAAGAUUUUGUACGAGGUCAAAGUGCAUGGAUUCUUGCUGUGGGCUUCGAUGGGAUUGUUGAUGCCAAUUGGUAUACUCUCUAUCAGAAUGCCCAACAAAGACCGCUGUCGAAGGCUCUUCUAUCUUCAUGUCACUUCUCAGAUGUCUGCACUGAUACUGGUGACAGUAGGAGCAGUCAUGUCAAUAAGAAACUUCAACAAUUCCUUCGACAAUUACCAUCAGAGGAUCGGAAUUGGAUUAUACAUCGUCGUCUGGUUUCAAGCUCUUCUGGGUUUCCUUCGACCUCCUCCGAGAGGCCACAAGGCAAGAAGCCCAUGGUUCAUGGCACAUUGGAUCUUAGGAACAUCAACGAGUCUUUUGGGAAUAUUGAACAUAUACACAGGCUUGUAUGCUUACAGUACGAAGACGUCGACGAGCGUGAAGCUCUGGACAAUCCUUUUCACUGUCCAAGUCUCUUGCUUUGCCUUCUUCUUCUUGUUUCAAGAAAAGUGGUCUUAUGUCCGAAAUCUUUCCGAUCAAAACAAUGUCUCCACCGCCGGAGACGAGUUCCGGGAGAGCACUCCGGCGCCGGAGAAAUGUUAAAGAUUGUUUUUUCUUUUGUUGAGAAAAGGGUCUCUUACGAUGGGCCUGAAUUGCAUCGAUACGUUGAAAAUAAAUAUGAAUGUUGUAACAUUUAUUUUGAUCUACAUUUACUUUUUUUGUCAUUUUUA